AUGUCGUCCUUCUUUUUCUCCACACCUGUCGAUAUCGACAUCUUGCUGGAAGACGGCGAUGAGCGGGAAACGGUUGACAUCAAGCUUGAGAAGAACCGGCGCGAGAAGGCUCCCCUGUACCUUGACGGGGAGUCAGUCAAGGGCGCUGUCACAGUCCGGCCAAAAGAUGGCAAACGGCUGGAACAUACGGGCAUCAAGGUGCAGUUCAUUGGCAUGAUUGAAAUGUUCUAUGAUCGUGGCAACCACUAUGAAUUUCUUUCCCUCGGCCAAGAACUGGCUGCUCCCGGUGAACUUCAGCACCCGCAGACGUUCCCAUUCAAUUUCAAAAAUGUCGAGAAACAGUACGAAUCAUACAAUGGAAUCAAUGUCAAGUUACGGUACUUCGUCAGAGUAACGGUUUCCCGUCGAAUUGCGGAUGUUGUGCGCGAGAAGGAUAUCUGGGUAUAUUCCUACCGACUGCCGCCAGAGUCCAACAAUCCAAUUAAGAUGGACGUCGGAAUCGAGGACUGCCUGCAUAUUGAAUUCGAGUAUUCAAAGUCAAAGUACCACUUGAGGGACGUUAUAGUGGGAAGAAUAUACUUUUUGCUCGUUCGAUUGAAAAUUAAGCACAUGGAGCUGUCUAUUAUCAGGAGAGAGACUACGGGAUCCCCGCCAAAUCAAUAUAACGAAAGCGAGACGCUGGUGAGAUUCGAGAUUAUGGAUGGGUCCCCAUCAAGAGGCGAAACCAUACCCAUUAGAUUAUUUCUAGGUGGUUUUGAUUUGACGCCCACCUUCCGAGACGUGAACAAGAAGUACUCUACAAGGUAUUACCUCAGCCUUGUAUUAAUUGACGAAGAUGCCCGUCGAUACUUUAAACAAUCGGAGAUUGUUUUGUUCCGUCAAUCUCCAGAAAUGGCGGCUGCUGCACAACUUGAAAACCAACCCCAUGAUGGACAACAUGCAGUGCCCCCACCGGAACGCAAACAAGCUGUACGUCAUAACGAUGAUGGGGAAGACGGUCUGCAGAGCUCACACCAUGCACCCCCUCCAUCCCAACUUACACCUGAACCUGAACCCGAACCUGCAUCUGCACCUGUAUCCACUAUACCAGCAUAG